AUGCGUCCCCUCCAGCCGCUGAACACAACGAAUGCGGGCGCCCGAGACCAACAGACGUUUUUGUCGCCGUCCGAUUACGACGCCGAUGCGAUUUCGAUCCGCAGCGAUCAGGACACGGAUAGUGAGGAUGACGAGAGGCAGAUGCGAGCGAGGAACAGUCGCGAGUUGAGGGCGCACGACAGGCUGGUGCUGAUGGAGGAGGAGGAGCUUGGCCAGUUGGUGACUGAGACACGGAGGAAGAAGGAGAGGGAGAGGAGGGGUUCUGGGUUGCCGUUGCCGAUACCGAAUCCGUUGACGUUGUUUUCGAGGAGGCUGAGCGAUGCUUCGAGAUCGAGGUCGGCGAGUCCGUCAUUUCACUCGGCUGAGUCGGUUGACGGGAAUGAUGUGGGGGAGAGGAGGUCGAGGAGAAAAGCGAGGAGGAAGGCGAAGAAGGACCGGUUGCUGACUGAGGCGCAACAUGGUGAGGAUGGGGAGUUGAUGUAUGAAAUGGAAGAGGGGGGGGUGAAGAGUGGGAGCGAUACUGGGGAAAGCAGUGAUCGGGAUGACAGCGAUGAGGUGGACAGGAAGAAUCUCUUGCACAUGGGUGCUGUGAAAGCGAAGAGAAGGAGGAACUGUUGUCGCUGGGGCCUACUUUAUGCACUCAUAAUUGUUGGCUUUGGGAUUCUGGUUUUGGUGGCUUGGAAGUUGUCAAUUGAGAAGAAGGCAACGGCACAAACCGCAGCGAAACUUGUCAGCAACGGCACGGCUCUGUUCGCUCCUACGACCAUUAUCAUCAGUUUAGACGGAUUUCGCGCCGAUUUUGUUGACAGGGGCUUGACACCGAGGCUCAAUGCCUUUGUCAAAGAGGGUGUAUCACCACGCUAUAUGCUGCCGUCUUUUCCCAGCGUCACCUUUCCUAAUCAUUACACCUUGGUCACUGGGCUGUACCCCGAGGCUCAUGGGGUGGUUGGAAACUCCUUCUGGGAUCCCGAGCUCAAAGAGGAAUUCUACUACACUGAUCCUAAAAGAAGCCUGGAUCCAAAAUGGUGGAAGGGUGAGCCGUUCUGGGUGACAGCUCAGAAGCAAGGCCUCAAGACUGCGAUACAUAUGUGGCCUGGGAGCGAAGCUCACAUUCUCAACACGAACCCUACCUACAUGGACAAGUACAACGGAAAGGAGAAGCUGUCCAAGAAAGUCGACCGGGUUCUUGAGUUCCUGGAUAUGCCGGAUGAUGAGCGCCCGCAGGUGAUCGCGGCAUACAUUCCUAAUGUUGAUGCGGUUGGGCACACAUUUGGUCCCAACAGUACCGAAAUUCAGCUUACAAUUGGCAAGGUCGACAAGAUGCUAGACCGCAUCUUUAAGGGGCUGGAGGAACGACGCUUGACAAAUAUUGUCAAUGUCAUUGUCGUUUCUGACCAUGGCAUGGCAACCACCGAUAUAACACGCGUUGUGCAGUUGGAGGAUCUUGUCGAUGUCAGCAAGAUCGAACACACCGACGGAUGGCCGCUGGUUGGUUUGAGACCGAAGAAUCCCAAUGAUCUUCAGGAGAUUCACGCACAGUUGGUUGAGAGGACCAAGGCGAACCCGAAUCUCGACGUGUACCUCAGGGAUAUGGACAUGCCUGAAAGAUGGCAUUUCUCCCGGAAUGACCGCAUUGCUCCUUUAUGGAUCGUGCCCAAGACUGGGUGGGCGCUUGUGAAGAUGGAGGAGAUGAAUCUGAAAGAAGCACAAGCGAAAGGUACUGUCUAUGCGCCACGCGGCCUACACGGGUACGAUAACGAACACCCUCUAAUGAGGGCGUUGUUUGUCGCUCGGGGCCCUGCUUUCCCUCACCAGCCAAAUAGUGAGGUUGAGGUUUUUCAAAACAUCAAUGUCUAUAACAUGCUCUGUGAUUCAGUUGGGAUCACCCCUGCGCCAAACAACGGCACCCUUAGGCUUCCUCUGAAGCCGAUUGGUCUGCACAGUGAUCACGAAUUUGAUUCGCCUGCUGAGUCGAGCACCCAAACGCCUGUGUUCUCAAGCUCAACAUCGGCGAAGCCUGUCAUGGUCAACCCAGUCACAGCCAGUGCUCCUUUGGUUGCUCCAACAGCAACAGUGACAAAGACGGUUGAGAAGACUAUCGAGGUCGACAAGCCGACAGCGCAGCCCUCUUCGGAUCCCUCAGGCGAUGACGAGGGCGAUGAUGGCAAGUCCCCUCUGGAUAAAGUAGAUGACUCGGUCAAAGGGUUUUGGGACUGGUUUUCUGGAAAGGUCUCGCAUUGGUGGGACAAAGUCUCCAACGGCAGUGAUGGCGAGAGUGAGGAGCCUCCCGAAAACCCCAACGAGUAA